AGUUUCUCUUUUAUUCAUAACUGCAGUGACAGAUAAACAUGCCUGAACCAUCCAAGCCAGCGCCCAAGAAGGGCUCCAAGAAAGCGGCGUCGAAGAGCGCUGGAAAGCCCGGCAAGAGGAGGAGAAAGAGCAGGAGAGAGAGCUACGGCAUCUACGUGUACAAGGUGCUGAAGCAGGUCCACCCAGACACCGGCAUCUCCUCCAAGGCCAUGGGCAUCAUGAACUCGUUCGUCAACGACAUCUUCGAGCGGAUCGCCGGUGAGGCCUCCCGCCUGGCUCAUUACAACAAGCGCUCCACCAUCACCUCCAGGGAGAUCCAGACCGCAGUCAGACUGCUGCUUCCCGGUGAGCUGGCCAAGCACGCCGUGUCCGAGGGCACCAAAGCCGUCACCAAGUACACCAGCUCCAAGUAAAGCUUCACUGCUCAACAUAAACACAACGGCUCUUUUAAGAGCCACACACGUCAUCUGCAGAGCUGCUGGUCCACAUAUUAACAGUGUGGAGGCUUCCUUUUUAUUGACAUGCAGUCAGUGGAAGAACUAAUUCGCUGAGCCUCUGUAAUACCUGUAUGAGAACCAAACUUCAUGGAAACACGAGACAGAAACUCAGAAUCAGACAACUUUCUGUCCCCAGGGACGCAAUUUAAGAAGACACAGAGCAGGCAGUGCAACAACAGUGUAGUAAAGAAACAGAGAUAAAUCUAUAUACAGAUCUAGAGCAAUGUAAAAUAUAAGACAAAACACAACUUGGUAACACACCAGUGCAAAUAUGAGAUAUGUCAGGUUCACUAUAAACUGCUUUAUAUUGAUCCAUAGAUGAUCACAGCAGUUAAACAUUUUUUUCUUUUUAUUUAUAUUUGGUUAAAUUAUUAACUGCUCGAGGAAUCAGGACAGGACUGUUGGUGUGGAUUUAUUCGACAGACGUAAUUAUUUUCAUGUCUCAGUAAAUCUUUUUGGAAAGAAUUUGUAAGUGUGGUACUUUCUAUCUCUGUAUAUACUUUCAAUAAUUUAUUUAUUUCAUAUUUAUUUGUGGAUUCUGAUUCCUUGCAGAUCAAAUUUUAACAUAAAAACUUAUGUUGUAUUAAUGUCAGCAAAUCACACAGACAGACA